CAGAUGCUUACAACGUGUAAAACUAUGAGAUCAUGGUAAUUUGAUGGUGGAUUAAGGCCGUAAAUUACAAAUAACGCGACAUGUCGAGCUCUGUAACGAUAGAUCACGAGAAAGAGCGAGAUGUCCGAAUAGGAAUUCGUGGCACAUCAACGGAUUCCGGUGCUUCCUACAUUGUGAAGUACAUCAGCCUGAUCGCCCUGGUGGCGCAAAACGCCAUGGUGAUACUCGUGAUGCGCUACGUGCGCACUCGAGGGGGCGACAUGUUCAUGUCCACAUCUGCCGUUGUGAUGUCAGAGUUGCUCAAGCUGGUGUCGUGUUUGCUCAUCAUGUUCUAUCAGUUGGGAAGCGUCCGCCGCUGUCUCCACCAUCUUCAUGAGAACAUCACACUGCAGCCAGGUGACUGUUUGAAGAUUUCUGUUCCGUCUCUGGUGUACACAUUACAGAUCAUCCUGCUCUACUUCGCCCUCUCCAAUCUGGAUGCUGCAACAUUCCAGGUGAGCUACCAACUGAAGAUCCUAACAACAGCGAUUUUUUCAGUGCUAAUGCUCAGCAAGGCCCUAUCGAAAGUCCAGUGGAUGUCGCUGGUGAUCCUGUUCGUGGGGGUUUCCAUUGUUCAACUUUAUCCAGAAAACAGUCAAAAAGCCGGCUCGGUGGGACAGCAAAACCGAUUACUCGGCUUCGCUGCUGUUUUCAUAUCUUGCCUUAUGUCCGGAUUUGCUGGCGUGUAUUUCGAGAAAAUUAUCAAGGGCACCAAACAAUCUCUAUUGCUGCGGAAUAUUCAACUUAGCGUCCUUGGUUUCAUCAUGGGGAUGAUCACCAUGGAAAUCAAGGAAUUUGAUCGACUUCGUGUCAGCGGCUUUUUCUAUGGGUACGACUUGUGGGUCUGGCUUGUGAUAAUACUGCAGUCCAUCGGGGGUCUGCUGGUGGUCAUUGUGGUCAAAUACGCUGACAAUAUAUUGAAAGGUUUUGCAGCGUCGAUGGCUAUAGUAGUUUCCUGUAUAGUCUCUGUGUUCUUCUUUGACUUUAGCUUAUCCUUUCAGUUCAGCUUUGGUGCUAGUUUAGUCAUGUUAUCCACAUAUUUGUAUGGGAAAUACGUUCCUCAGGCCUCCAGUGUGAAACAUGAGGACUUUGAGGGAAAUGAAAAUAAACAUUUGUUGGGUGAAAUAUCAAGUUUAAAAACAAAGGUGGAUAAUUUAGAAGGCCAUUCAAAAUCAAACAAUUUAACAUUUCAUGGAAUCGAGGGGUGCGUGGAUGAAUCUUGGGAUAUUACGGAACAGAAAGUUCGAAAUUUCAUUAAGGAAAAUUUAAAUUCACCAGAUUUACAACAUGUUGACAUUGAAAGAGCGCAUCGUCUACGCUCCAAUAACCCUGAUAAAUGCACGAUCAUUGUUAAGUUCACUAAAUAUAAAGAUCGUGAAGCCGUACUAAAGCGUGCAAAAUGCUCGAGGAGUACUUCGUCGGUAGUGGUACAAGAAGACUUUUCUGAAAAGGUCAAAGUGCAUAGACGUGAGCUAGGAAAGCGAUUGGUCGAGGAACGUAAACAAGGAAAAUACGCUUCGAUGAACUACAAUCGGCUUAUAAUAGAAAAUACUGUAUAUGGGUACGAUGAAGAGAACCAGUCAAUCUACAAAGUAGGGCACGCACGUGGGCAGCCGGGACCCGGAUUCCACGAGCGCAACUCAAGGACGCGCGGGCAGGAAAGGCGGGAAAACAUAGGCGCGAGAAAUUUCAUAGGCGACGAACAGCAGAGAGGGCGCGCACAGAGCGAUGAUGAUCAUCAGUCGGCGGGAGGGGAGACGGACGUCGACUAGGAAUCUGGCCACGGUCCAAACGCACAUCCCGAUAUCGUGUAUAAACAUUUAGGCAUUUUAACCUGGAAUAUAAACGGACUAUUGAAAUAUAAAAAUGACGCUGAAGUCAAGCACUUUUUAAAUAAUUACGAUAUUUGCGGCUUAUUAGAAACUUGGAGUAAUCUUACUGGGGAAUUUGAUUCGUUUCUAAACUCGUAUGUCCACUUUGAUUCUGUUCGAUCUAAACCUGUAAAUGCUAUUCGAAAUAGUGGUGGUGUGAGUGUUUGUGUUAGAGAACAUUUAAUCCAGUCAAGUUUGGUGAGAAGAAUUAAUAAUGAUAUUGUCGAUGGUAUUGUUUUAUAUAUUAAGUCGAGUAUUGUUCAUGCCAUGAAAGAUAUUAUUUUAUAUAUUGUAUAUGUUUCCCCUGAAGAUUCUCCUAUAUAU